AGCGCAGUGGCGCAGCAGCGGCAACGACUGCAGAGCAGCAGCGGCAGCUGCAGCGAAGACUGCAGCGAAGACUGCGGCAGCAGGAGCAGGAGCAGCAGCAGGAGCAGCAGCAGGAGCAGCAGCAGCAGCAGGGGCAGCAGCAGGAGCAGCAGCAGGAGCGGCAGAUUCAAGAUGUUGAAAGUGCUAUUCCUGGCCACUUUGACGUUUGCUCUUGUGAGGUCACAGGAUCUAGAGGAAACCAUCACUUACACGCAAUGUACAGAUGGUUACGAAUGGGACCCUGUAAGGCAGCAGUGCAAAGAUAUUGAUGAAUGUGACAUCGUCCCAGAUGCCUGCAAAGGUGGGAUGAAAUGUGUUAACCACUAUGGAGGAUAUCUCUGCCUACCCAGAACUGCCCAAAUUAUUGUCAAUAACGGGCAGCCAGAGCCAGAAUCAGGAGCCCCUGCUGAACCAGCCGCCGGCAGCCGAAAUAACUUCGUCAUUCGACGGACCCCAGCUGACCCUCAGCGAAUCCCUUCUAACCCCUCUCAUCAGAUUCAGUGUGCCACGGGGUACGAACCGAGCGAGCAGAACGUGUGCCAAGACAUCGAUGAGUGCACAACAGGAACUCAUAACUGCAGGGCAGACCAAGUGUGCCUAAACUUGAGAGGAUCUUUCAGCUGCCAGUGCCCGCCAGGUUAUCAGAAACGGGGAGAUCAGUGCGUUGACAUCGACGAGUGCACCAUUCCUCCUUAUUGCCACCAGCGAUGUGUGAACACGCCAGGUUCCUUUUAUUGCCAGUGCAGUGCCGGCUUCCAGCUAGCUGCAAACAACUACACCUGUGUGGAUAUAAACGAAUGUGAUGCCAGCAACCAAUGUGCCCAACAAUGCUACAAUUUACUUGGUUCCUUCAUCUGCCAGUGUAAUCAAGGAUACGAGUUAAGCAGUGACAGACUCAAUUGUGAAGAUAUUGAUGAAUGCAGAUCCUCCAGCUACCUGUGUCAAUAUCAGUGCGUCAACGAACCAGGAAAGUUCUCCUGCGUGUGUCCUGACGGAUACCAAGUGGUAGGAAGUCGAACGUGUCAAGAUAUAAAUGAGUGCGAGACCACCAAUGAGUGCCGGGAGGAUGAGAUGUGCUGGAAUUACCACGGGGGAUUCCGUUGUUACCCGAGAAAUCCCUGUCAAGAUCCUUAUGUCCUGACCUCAGAGAACCGCUGUGUUUGCCCGGCACCAAACGCCGUGUGCCGAGAACUUCCCCAGUCCAUUGUCUACAAGUACAUGAGCAUCCGUUCAGAUAGGUCUGUGCCGUCAGAUAUCUUCCAGAUCCAGGCCACCACUAUCUAUGCCAACACUAUUAACACUUUCCGGAUUAAAUCUGGAAAUGAAAAUGGAGAGUUCUACUUAAGGGCAAAGUCCCAGUGAGGUCAUUUCAGGAUUCAAAUCUGGCGUUUUACAUCGUUAGCAGCGGCAAGUUCUUAAUAGGAGGAGUUCUCCACAGGAUGCUUUCAAAUUUGGCAACAUCAUUUCAUUCUACAUUGUUUUCCUCACAGAAGUCCUUCAUCAGACCUUGAAGGUCAAUGUUUUGUUUUGAAAAUAGUAAACUAAGAAAGCCAUGUUUUUGUUACAAGAUUCCUCGUGUUUACAUUUUCAAAAUGUUUACAUGUUUACACUAUGCAUUUCACUUUCCUCAUUGCCACUGUCAGAAAUGUUUAGCUACUCACAACUAAAUUCUAAAAGAAAAAAACGAGACUUUCAGAAGGCCUGUUUUCUCUUCUCUCUGGAUCUGCUUACCAAAUGGCAGCUUUCCCAGCACAAACAAUUCCAAUUCAGUAAUUGCCACUCAAAUAAUUAACAUGCACAGCUAACAGAUGAACACGCUGAUUUUUAAAUCUCUCUCAGAACAACUUAUGCUUAGAUUUUUGAAACACUUUCAGAGAAAGAAAACUUUAGUUCAGUUAGCUAACACUUACACGUGGGUCCAAAUCCACAUUGUCCUUUUCCAUAUCACAUAGACGUGCACAUGUUGGGAGUUAUCCUUAUUUCUUAUUUGGGAAGUACUUACACAGUAAGAUUUCUCUUUACUAUUGGUGUGUUGAUCUCAAAUAAAAAUGCUACAGUUUCCUUGGA